AUGAUGAAAGCUACGAGCAUAGAGGAUGCCAGAUCCCGUGCCACGAAGGUCUUGGAGAGCUUAGAGAAAUCCAUCAGUGCCCGUGUCCGAGCCGAUGCAGCAGAGGUUUUUGACAAGGAACAGAUUUCGAUGAAGGAGAAAAUUGAAGGGAUUGUGAAAGAGAAUGGGAUUCUGAAAAGGGCUGUGGCCAUCCAGCAUGAAAGGCAGAAGGAUUACGAUGGAAGAAAUCAAGAAGUGCAGCAGCUGAAGCAACUGGUGGCUCAGUAUCAAGAACAGUUGAGAAGUCUUGAGGCGAAGAAUUAUGCCUUGAGAAUGUACCAGCGCCAGGCUGAUCACCAAGGCAACUCUAUGAUCCCUGGUCACUUUAAUCCGGAUGUCUUUUAA